GGCGUUUUAAGAUACGCAAACAUAAUUUCCACAUUUUAGGAAGGUAUUAAACCCCGCAAUAAACGUUUGAAAAAUCACUUUACUCUAUUAUAAUCAAUCUAUUUUCAGAAUUUUUAAAUAAAAUAAAAUAAUAUUUGUUAUGGACAAUAUUAACAGUAAAUCGAGCUCAGAUAUAAAGGAGGCUGAAUCUCAAUGUUCUUAUGAAAUCAACAAUCUGAUGAACAAUCUGACUGAAGAUAAUGAAAAUAUUAGCGAUGACCCAGAAAAAUAUGAUUAUUCAGAUCUGCUGAAAGACUUUCCGAAUGACGAAAAUAGUCCGAGUAAGGUCAGCUUAAAAAGGAAGCAAAGAAGGUAUAGAACAACCUUUUCAAACUAUCAGCUGGAAGAAUUGGAAAACGCUUUUUAUAAAACCCACUAUCCAGAUGUGUUUUUUCGAGAGGAAUUGGCCCUUCGAAUAGAUCUAACGGAGGCUAGAGUCCAGGUUUGGUUUCAAAAUAGACGGGCAAAAUGGCGGAAACAACAAAAAUAUAUGUGCAAGGCUCUAGGACACAUGUGUACUCACAGAGAGUCUUCCCAAGAUAAUCAACCAUUUAUAGAACCAGCUUUACUCACUUAUUCACCGACAGAUAACACCAAUUCUCCGAAUCUGUUCAUGGGCUUGGAAUGGUCAAAUAUCGUCCAACCGAUUGGUUUUUCUAAUCCGGAUUCUUCAGACUUACCUUGCGCUGACCCUCAUCAAUUAAUAGAUUCAGUAAAUACGAAUUCAGUGAGUGACGAAAUAGAUGUAUCACUUGCUGACCGUCUGACACGGUCUGGGCAAGGUAACAUUAUAAAUAAAUCUUCAUUGGAAAACACCGCUAUAGCGAUUUCUAUGGAAAACUUAUUGGAUAAUAGUAUUUCUUUACAAAAUCCGUCAAACAUUUCCAUUGACAAGGAUUUUGACCCUUCUGCAGAGCAUUUAGGACAAUUUAAGCAAUGUGCUUUGGAUAAUUGCGGCUUAGAAUCGACAAUGGAUGAGUCAGUAGAAGAUUCUAUGGAAACUACCAGAAAUGUAUUGCUUUCAGAGAUGGAAGAAGGUUGUAUGGCGCUCGGUAUUUCAGUAUGUAGUCAAGAGCAAGAUAUUUUAAUCGACGCGGAUUUAUUGACUUUGAAGCCCCGCAGUCAGAUUUUGAAAUAAAGGUGCAAUAAAAAAUUUCACCAACACAUUUUCAUUGGGUGAAACAAGUGCGGGUUUCGCGACCGCUAAUUUUAGGCUAAACCCAGCUGACGAGAGCUAAUAGACUCGAAACCGGUCCUGGGGGUGCCUGAGGUUGGCAAACCUCGAAAUUUGCACUGAACAACCUGAAUAUUGCAUCUUACUGAUUUCUUAUUCGGAUCAUUAAUGCCGAUGAACUUCUUGUCGUUUUUUAAUUAACUUUAAUUUGUAAUUAAAGUAAUGUGAUUUUUUUUGUUACAGAAAUGUGUACUGUCACCAAGAAAAAAAUGCCAAUAUAAAUUAGUAAAUUUAAUUUACUGUUUAUUGUACCAGAUGCAACAUCAUCACCUUCACCAACAAUGUAGUUAGCAGUCAAAUGAGCAUUACUAACUAACUCUCUGUAAUUUAGAUUGAUAUAUUUUUUAGAUAACUGAGAAAACCUAUCUCAGGUGUUCGUCAGAGUCGUCCAGUUGCAAAUCCUAUUAUACAGGAUUCUAAAUAAAUGUUGUAAUUACUGAAGAUAAAGUUGUAAAAAGCAUUAAUCUGUUUUUAUAUCGUAAACAUCGUUUGGAAGAAUAAACAGUACAUUUGUA